UCCCCGCAGGCCAGCAACGGAAGGACAGCGGUCGGGGUCGGGAAGUCCCCUCGCCUAGCGUGCACCAGGAAUCAAUGUCCUGCCGGUGCCCACAAUGAGGAGGGACCUGGCUCUCGCAGGCCUGCUGCUCAGUCUGGCCUUCCUGUGGCUGCCACCACCUGCUUGUCCCCAGCCGGCCAUGGACGAUGCCUGCUCAGUGCAGAUCCUUGUCCCUGGCCUCAAAGGGGAUGUGGGAGAGAAGGGGGACAAAGGAGCCCCAGGACGGCCUGGAAGAGUCGGCCCUACAGGAGAGAAAGGAGACAUGGGGGACAAAGGACAGAAAGGCAGUGUAGGUCGCCACGGCAAAAUUGGUCCAAUCGGUGCCAAAGGUGACAAAGGUGAGGUGGGUGACAUAGGACCCCCUGGCCCUCUUGGAGAACCAGGUCUCCCAUGUGAGUGCAGCCAGCUCCGGAAGGCCAUUGGUGAGAUGGACAACCAGGUCACCCAGCUGACCACGGAGUUAAAGUUCAUCAAAAACGCCCUGCCCUCCCCCGCAGCUGUUGCCGGCGUGCGCGAGACGGACAGCAAGAUCUACCUGCUGGUGAAGGAGGAGAAGCGGUAUGCAGAUGCCCAGCUGUCCUGCCAGGGCCGUGGGGGCACACUGGGCAUGCCCAAGGACGAGGCGGCCAAUGGGCUGAUGGCCGCAUACCUGGCGCAGGCCGGCCUGGCACGCGUCUUCAUCGGCAUCAAUGACCUGGAGCGCGAGGGCGCCUUCAUGUACUCCGACCGCUCCCCGAUGCAGACCUUCAGCAAGUGGCGCAGCGGGGAGCCCAAUAACGCCUACGACGAGGAGGACUGUGUGGAGAUGGUGGCCUCCGGCGGCUGGAACGACGUGGCCUGCCACAUCACUAUGUACUUCAUGUGCGAGUUCGACAAGGAGAGCGUGUGAGCCCGGGGCGCCGGGUCCCACCACCCCCACCCAGGGAAGACGUUCCAGGCUCUGCCCAACCCCCCCAGAGCACAGUGACCCUAAGAAGGGAAACAGCCUUCACUGGGGGUUAUUUCUGAAGAAGUGGAGCUUAUCUCCUGCAUUGUAGCGAGGUCUGCAGGGAAAGUGCUACUCAUGGUUGCCUCUCCGUGGGUAUGUUGCCCAGGGCCAACCAGGAAUUUGCGUCUGUGGGUACUGCAGCAGCUCAGUGUGAACAGUGGCGACUGGGGCGGGUCACCUCUUCAUUUCCAUAUGGAAGACAGCUGAGUGCCUAUAAAUUAUACCGAAAAAUAGCUUCCUUUUCUUCACUACUAUGCAAAUGGAACCAAAUUUGCUUUGCUUCAAACUCAGAUGUCAAGAAUAUAAAAAUAAAUUC